AAAAGAUGGCAGCGAUUGCCGAUUGCUGUCCUUCGGAUUUAUUGCGAAAAUGGCGCAUUAUGUGAUAUUUUCACAUAAAAAUAUAGUUUUAAGUGAAAAUUUGUGUAGUGCUGCAUAGUGAUGGUGUGUUAUUUUUCAUGAAUGACAGUGAACUCGUGUGUAAAUAGGACUGCGACUUUCUUCUGGAUAUUGGAUUACACAUAAAAUAAAGUCACAAUGGUGGUGGGCGAUAGCAAGCGUACCGCCAACAUCAUGGACGGCAUUGAGAACACCGGUGACGUACGAAUGCACGACCACCGGCUGAGGCUCAAACAAAGGUUCGACAUAGUAAGAAAACUAGGUCAAGGCACAUACGGCAAGGUGCAGCUUGGUAUCAACAAGAAGACAGGCCAGGAGGUGGCCAUCAAAACCAUCAAGAAAUGCAAGAUCGAGUCCGAGGCUGAUCUCAUUCGCAUUCGACGCGAAGUCCAGAUUAUGUCUUCUGUUAGACAUCCUAAUAUUGUACAUAUUUAUGAAGUAUUUGAAAACAGUGAAAAGAUGAUCCUAGUUAUGGAGUACUGCUCGGGCGGUGAACUGUACGAUUAUCUUAGUCAGAAAAAAGUAUUACAAGAGGACGAAGCUAGAAGGUUAUUCAGACAGAUCGCAACUGCUGUUUAUUAUUGCCAUAUACAUAAAAUCUGCCAUAGAGAUUUAAAAUUGGAAAAUGUAUUAUUAGAUGAUACUGGUAGUGCUAAGAUUGCUGACUUUGGUCUGUCAAAUGUUUUCAAAGAGACAUCCCUACUGUCCACGUUUUGCGGUUCACCUUUAUACGCGUCCCCAGAAAUUGUCAAAGGAACGCCUUACAUAGGGCCAGAGGUGGAUUGCUGGUCACUGGGUGUGCUUCUAUAUACUCUAGUCUACGGAGCUAUGCCAUUUGAUGGCUCCAACUUCAAACGUCUAGUCCGACAGAUUAGCAAUGGCGAUUAUUAUGAACCUAGAAACCCGUCCAGUGCAUCACCUCUGAUUCGGGACAUGCUCACAGUUGAUCCGCUGAAACGUGCAGACAUCGCAUACAUUUGUGAUAAUCCCUGGGUGAACCUGGGCUGCAGCACGUCGUGCCUGGAGGAGGCGGAGGCGCUGGCGGCGCAGACGCCGGUGCGGCUGGACCUGCUGCUGUCGCUGGCGCCCGCGCAGCCCUCCAACUCCAACUCCGUCAUGGUGCCCAAUGAGGCUGAACUGGAUGCAGAAGAGAGCGGCAUAGACCUCACAAGCUCAGCGUCGAUGGCUCACAUUGAGCCCAGCAACUCCGCUGAAAAGAGAAUCCUGGAGUUAGUUGCAGAGGGCGGUGAAGACGCGAUAAAGCCGUCUCCGACGCGUACGAUCGUGUCGGCGUCGGACAACAAGCGCAAGCUGGAGCUUGCCAUGUCGGCUAGUGGACUGCAGAGGAAGAAGGAAAGAGUCGCCAGUUGUGCGAGUAUUGCGCCGCAAGCGCCGGUAUUACCUGAAGAGAGCUCACCAGAGAUACAGGCCAAUGAGGAACCACCGCUAGCUGAUGACUCGUCAAUACAACCGAACCUAAAGUCAUCAGCCACGAUCACAAUUCAACCGGCACCAGUGGAGUUAGUCAGAGACUUGACUAAAGACAUAGUGAAGGAACCGCCCAAACCAGAGGAACCGGUUGAGAAGCCAGCCAAACCACGCGUGGCUAUCAAGAAGAAGACCUCUCCUACUAAAACUGUGGAGGAAAAGCCGGUGGAGAAAGUUGAGGAGGUUAAGCCACAAGAAGACACGAAGCCAAGCAGUGUAGCGUCGGCCGCGGACAAGCUGACGUCACUGUCCAUCACACAGCCGCCUGCCAACCAGGUGCAGAAACCCAAGAAACUGUCUAUACCAGGUGGCAAUGUCGGCAGUUUCAAGGAUCAGUUCGAGAGGAGAGCUUCUCUUACAACCGCUCCAGAAAUCAAACGCAACAUAUCUAAACCAGUCGUAUCAAAGAUCGCUAAACCGAAAGCACAAAGUGAAGACCGUGAAUUGCAGCCGAAGACUCCUGACAACGGCACAGUCCGACUACAACAGAUUGGCAUUGAGCCUUCACAGAGCCACACUGAGGCUGAACGGGAGUCGAACCUGCGUAGCGGCGUCAAAAAGACGGAGAGCGAGCCCUCGCACAGUUCUACGUCUGUUGAUCCGGCUGUUCUGCUGCAGGAUGCUAGAAGGAGUCUACAGAACUCGAUGGCAAAGUUGGUUGAGGAGAAAGCUGGGGAGGAAAAUCGUCGCCGCGCCGCGCGCGAUAUCAUAUCGUCUGCUAUACGAACAGGCAAGCCGCCGAUGCCGUACGGCCGCUCGUCGUCCGCGGGCGUGGCGUCGCUGGCGUCGCCGCCCGCCACGCCGCCCGCGCACGCGCACUCCGCGCCGCCGCACCAGCCGAGAGUCUUCCGCACCGAGGCGCAGCAUCGGGUUGAAGAUCAUCGACACCCUAACAGUGCCCGAGGCGUGUCAGUGGAGCGCAUCAUCCCCAUCACCGUGGCUGGCGACGACUCCCCGUCCUCCCCGCCGCCGCCGCCCGCGCAGCCGCCGCCGCAAGUGCAGACCCCGCCCAAGCCCGGCCCCACGCCUGCGCCUAGAGGAUUCACGCCGCUCAGACGGCUGGCAUCAACGGAAUCCGGCAGCGCGAGCGAGGCAUGCAGCAGUCCGGGCGAGCCCAUUAAGAAGUCGGCUCGCGAGUUCAUCAUCCCCAUAGCGGUGGAAGGCAAGGGCUACGUGACGCCGCGCCAACGCUCGCUGGAGCCCGACACACACGCCACUACCGGCCGCGUGCACCGCGCCGCCAAGCCCAGGCGCAUCAGCAGUCUAGUAAGCGGUGGAGAAUCAGAAGAAGAGGAAGACGCUCACAUGCACCGACUGCGGCCGUCCCGCGCCGCCCGCGCCGAGUCCGUCAGCUCGGGGGAGGAGGACGAGGAAGAUGAGGGCUUCCAUCUCCUCACUGCUGAGAACCUCUUCUCGACGCUGUUACAUCGGGUUCGUGCACUAACGAACCGCCUGAACGGAGAGGAAGGGCCAGGCUUCAGCCAGCACUCGUUAUUCAACAACUUACAGUCACCGUUCUUCAACAGCCCCCACUUACCAAGGAGAAAUCUAUUACGCGAGGGCUGGGGCUCCCGCGACAUGCCGGACUUCGAGUCGAUGUUCAAGCCGCGCCAGCAGCCGCGAGGUAGUAGUAAGAAAACCGGUAAGCACCGUACCGGCCAACAAAAUUCGGAAUCGAACGUCGAAAGCGGACUCGACCUGUCGGACUUGGACCUGAGCUCCAUAGAGUUCUCGGAGCGCGAGAUGCGCGCGCUGUCGGGCCUCACGCCCGCGCUGUCGCGCCGCCUGCAGCGCCAGCUGCUCGCGCACCUGCCGCCCGCCGCCGCCAGGCGCCUGCGCCGCACGCUCUCGCUCUCCGCGCCCGCCCCGUCCGCCCCGCCCGCGUCCGCCCCGCCCGCCCCGCCCGCGCCGCUCGCCCGCGCGCUCUCCGCCGACCACGACGCGCCCGCCGCCACUACCGAGCCCGCCGAACAGACUGCGACUUCUGAACAUGCCGCGCUUACCGAACCCGCCGCGUCUGCCACCUCCGAACACGCCGCAUCUGCCACCCCCGAACCCGCCGCGUCUGCCACCCCCGAACCUCUCAUGGAAACAAAAGUAGAAAGCCCAAUCGAUAUAACCACACCGCAAUAUUCAACAUUACCGCGGCCACGACGCCGCUCCAGCUCGCGGGAGGUAACUCCACUGCUUGCCGCAGUCGAUGUAGAGUGUCCGUCACCUACUUCCCUGAUUCGGGAGUCACCGGUAUUGCGGCCGCGCGACCGGCCUCUGUUGAGCAAAUACUUGACCCCGGAGCGGACGCUGUCCCUUGACGAGUCGUACGGAUCGGACGGCGGCAGCGGCACGUCGGAGCCGAGCUACGCGUCGUCGUACGGCAGCGCGGCGGCGGGCGUGGGGCUGCGGCGGCACUCGCUGCGCGCGCCCGGCGGCGACAAACCGCGCCGCCGCGUCUCGAGGUUCCUUCGUUCCGAUUUCUUCGAUUCACCACCAGAUGAGAAUCUUUACGAGCGUCAACGAAAAGAAAGAGAACUGGAAACCCAGAAAAUAUUGCGAGAGAUCAGAGAAAAGAAAAACAAAUCGCAAGAAGCGGCGGCCGCAAAGAGUCCCACCGACAUAGCUGACGCUCCGCCCGCGUUCAGGGACGACAUUACCACUCCUAAGAAAUGUCUUUCACCCAUCGGACUUAACUCAUUAGUCGCAGGCAAGGAACGUAGUAGGUCGAACACUCCAUUUUUCCCGAUCCUCGAUAACAUCAAAGAAACCGCAGUGGACUUGUCCGCAUCGACGUCGAACUCGAAACGUUACACUAAUUUAGAAAACUCGAGAUUAAAAACUACUAGUGAUGAAAACGCUUCUAACAAAGAUUCCAGAUUGAUCCGCCCCAAAAGCUACCCUGUGAAAACUUUAGAUUCAAUAGACGAGCCUAGUGAAAACGUGCUGCCUGAAAGUUCGUUUAGCAGAGAUUACGACAGUAAAGAGAGGUCUUUACCGAGGGAGUCUAAACUAAUUAGGCCCAAAAGCUAUCCUGCAAGCAGUCCAUCACCAGAGAAAGUUUAUAUCAAUCGUAGCGUUAAAGUGGAUGACACUAAAGAUUCUUCAUCUAAGAAUGAGGUGAUUAAUCCCGAAAUUAAAUCUGACAUAGAAGUAAGUUUCAGUAUUACUUUGCCUAAGAAAAAGCCCGAAGUGACAAAGUCCGACUCUGCAAAAAAUAAUACCAAGUUGGAACACAGUGCCGAUUCCAAACCAGAAACAGAUAUAAAAACAAAUGACGCUACUUUAUCUUUGAAAAAGUACAGUGUAAUCAAACCCAGAGACAAUGACAAGUCUGACACAAUGGACGUUAAAACAGAUAACAGUAUACCAGUUGCUAAUGGAGGACCAUCGGUAGAUGUUGUAAAAGUUACGUCUAACGGAGACACUAAACAUACAGCAGCAGAUCAGUCUUCGAAAAAAGAUGAAACGAUCACAAAAACCAGUGAAACAGAUCAAACUGAAAAGAAAGGAACGGUAAAGAAAAAGAUUAUUAGGAAAGUUUCGUCGAAAUCUAAGACUGAUCUAGGCAAUAACUCAGAAACUAGUGACGCUAAAGCAGCUGCUGAAAAGAAAAAAGUAACUAAAAAAAUUAAAGAAAAGGUCGCUGAUGACGAUGGUUCGAAGUCAACAACAGUGACGAAAAAGAAAUCUGUUUUGCAAUCAAUAGGUCAUAAAUUAGAAAAGUUUGCGUCUAAUAAAUCUAGCUCCCCAGAGAAGGGGGCUGAAAAUAGUAAUGUAAGAAAUGAACCGAAAAAAGAUAGUUCUAAGUUAAGCAGAUUGCAACGAGAGCAAUCAGUGCCUGUCAACGUAGAGCCUACAACCGAAUCGAAUCUCAUUAAAAGAGCAGUCACAUUGACUGAUGUCGCCGCUCUAGAAACACAAAAUGCACCUCAGAACAAAACCACCGUUUCAAAAGUAUUAGGACUCUUUAAAAAGUUUGAACCCAAGGAAAGAUCAAAGCCGAUAGUUGAAAAACCACAAUGCGAAAGAGUUACAGAACAAAAAGAGAGUACUGAAUCUAAUUAUAAAACUGAAUCUAAUAUUGAACCGAGUGUGGACAGUCUUGACAAAGAUAAACCUCGUAGACCGACAUCACUGCUCCUUAAUGGUCUUGGACGUAAAAAUAAAUACGAUAGAACUUCUAGUGACAGUGUGUCCACUUUGUCCAUAGAUAAGGACGAUCAGCCAGCGUCUAAAAAAGAAAACGAAUCAAAGAACAUUAGAAACAGUUUAAAAUUAGAUUUCUCUAGAUUGCCAAGAGUUAAGAAAAUAGUUCCUACUAAUCCUGUGAUAGAACCCCAAAUUAUGAAUAUUUCCUCUGUUGAUGGUGAGACUGAAAAGAAAGAUAUUCCAGAAAAGAAAGAUAUCCUAGAAAAGAAUCCCACACUAAUAGAUAGUAGCGUACAUAUUGAUAACAAUGAAGCACAGAGCCGUAGUCGGUCGAGAAGUAGGUCAACUAUUUCAAACUCCGAGCUAAAGUCUGACAUAAGUGCUGACAAUAGAUUUUCCGACAGAAAUCCCCUGUCACCUUCAGAGAAUACCACAGUAAACCUGCGAAGCCACGAUUCCACCACGCCUGAGAAAGAAGACAUUGUCGAUAGAAUACGUAGGAAAAGCUUUUAUUCUAGAUUCAACGAAAAGAAGCAACGACGAAAGAGUAGUUUAGUGGGCCCUGGAGCGGCCGAGUAUGACCCGGUCGCCAGGAUACACUCGCAGCCGACGGACACCAAGUACGACGUGUCGCCCACGUCGCCGCUCACGUACGACGUGUCCCCGCUAUCCCCGGGCCUCUCCGUCUCCUCUGACUUGUCGCCGUCCACGGAACGCUAUAGAUCUCUUUUAACCGAUCUGCCUGUUAAUACUAGGACUAACUUAAGGUUUGAAAACUAUGGACUGAAUGAUAAAAUUGAUACAUACAGAUCUCUCGAUCGCAACGACUUUAGAAAAUAUCCGGGGAGCCGAAGUUAUCUAGAUUAUGAGCAACCGUCCACGUACGGCGCGAACAGGUACUCCAGAACCAAAUCGCUUUUAGACAGCUCCGACGGAACUGAAGAUAACAGUCUCCUUCACUCUCUGAGAGAUCCGCACAAAUACAACAGAACCAUAUCAAUGUAUUCACCUGGUAACUAUGCCACCUAUAGACCCAAAAGAACCACUCGCAACUCUGCCAUUAUUCUAAAAGAGAGCGAAAAAGAACCGAGCCCUGAAAACAUAUUGGAAAAAAUAAGGCAAAGAAAAAAGAUAUCAAUCAGCGUGACUAGGAAACCUGACGCUGAGAAGGAAACACUGCCAAGAUCCAAUAUCUCACCGAAAGGCGACCGCGAAGGCGACAGUGCAGAAUGCUCUGAGAAAGUUGACUGAGAGGAAUUAUUGAUUGUGCAGGAUAUAACUUGAUUUUGUGAUUUAUAUAAGCAUUUUGACAAUUAACUUGCAAACUUAUUGCGCAGACACUGUAGGUGUAGUAUCUGACGGAACUUGAUGCUUUCUUUGUUUUGUUGUUAUCACUUAUUUACAACGUCAUUAGAGUCUUUAAUUAGUGUUGAUCUAAUCGAGGCUAUAUCGAUACUCUUGCCAAACGUAGUAUAUACUCACGUGUUUUUAGAUUUCAUGUAAAUUAAAAGAAUCUCAUCACCGACAGAAGACUGUCUUUAGUGGCAAAUUUAGGUAAUACUUAUUGCAAUGAAUCUCUCACUAAAUUGAAAGUAUUCUAAAAUUCUUGCAAACAUUAGAGUUGAAGUUACUUUAACGUUGCCGAGUUAUUCGGACUAUCAAAUCAAAUAAAUUAUAGAUAGGUUGUAGCUAGUGUCACACAGACUCAUCAAAUUGCAACAGAUAUAUUAAAUAUUGUUUUGUAUGUACUUUGUUGGCUUUCUCCAAAGCGCGGUGACACUGCGCGUUUGACACAGCUUACCGAGCUGAACAGAUUUUGUUACUGUUAACUACUAUUUACUAUUGAAGUGUAAUACAUAAUAUAUUUUGCAAAGAGUGGACUUUUUGUUAAGUGUUUAUUGUAAAUUGAUUCUUAUGUGCCUUUAUAAAACAUAAGUGACUGGAUUUGAUAUAGUCCAUUUUAUUGAAAGAUAUAAAAUGACACAAAUUUUUAGAGUGUGUUUGCACAAAUACGUUUUACUCAACAUUAUUAACUAUAAUUUUUCUUAGUUACUAUCAAUUUACAUUUUUUUUAUGUGACCCUAAGUCAAUUUAAGUUUAAAUAUUUAUCAUAAUCAUUAUAGUAUUGAAUGCUAAGUCACGACGUAACAGUAAUCGAAUAGAAUGGUGCUUAGACGAUUUCAUUAGGGAUAACUAUUUAUAGACCGGACGUGUUAUAGACUCACACAAAACGUGUAUAUUUUUAGCAAUAGCGUUUUCAGUUUUAAAUACAUAUGAUUGUAAGCUGCUGGUGUUUUGUUCCAUUCAACUAGUAUUGUAUACGACGUCGCGUUGUAGCGCUACUCGUUUCUUAUUCUUUCUUUGCUGUACAAGUUAUGAAGUGGCUAGAUUACAGUGGUGUUAAAAAGCAAUAAUUUUAUGCAAAUCCGUUCAUCUUCGUAAUUUCGAAUCUAUUUAUUAUUUUUUAUUAGAAUUGAAAAUUAUUUAUUGGUGUGUGGUGAUUUUUAAUAUAUCUCUUUAAAGUCACAGUUGCCUCGGUGACAUUGGAACUGUGAUUCUUACGAUUGAUAUUAUUUACUAUCACACACGUUUUGUAUUGAAUGUGAAUAAAUUAUAUAGUUAAAA